AUGCUACAAACUAUAUGCUACAAACUAUAUGCUACAAAUUAUAUUCUACAAACUAUAUGCUACAAACACUGGUCCGAAGUCAAUUACGUGGGAGCACUUUCGGAGCAACUCCACUACAACUCCACUACAACUCCACUACAACUCCACUACAACUCCAAUACAACUCCACUACAACUCCACUACAACUCCACUACAACUCCACUACAACUCCACUGCAACUCCACUACAACUCCACAACUUCACUACAACUCCACCACAACUCCACUACAACUCCACUACAACUCCACUACAACUCCACUACAACUCCACUACAACUCCACUACAACUCCACUACAACUCCACUACAACUCCACUACAGAUCCACUACAACUCCACUACAACUCCACUACAACUCCACUACAACUCCACUACAACUCCACUACAACUCCACUACAACUCCACUACAACUACACUACAACUCCACUACAACUCCACUACAACUCCACUACAACUCCAAUACAACUCCACUACAACUCCACUACAACUUCACUACAACUCCACCACAACUCCACUACAACUCACUCCACUACAACUCCACUACAACUCCACAACAACUCCACUACAACUGCAUUAAUUCUCCACUACAACUCCACUACAACCCCACUACAGAUCCACUAUAACUCCACUAAAACUCCACUACAACUCCACUACAACACCACUACAAUUAAAAGAAACUUUGAGCAAUGUUUAUGCCGGAACGUUGCUGUCCGACAAAAUGUUACACUAUCUAGCGAACACCCACUCUUUCCGGCUGGGAAGGCAGUUGACGGAAAUGAUGACAGAAUAUUCCAGAACGGAUCAUGCAGUCAAACUAGAUUUCUUACAACAGCCUCGCCUGAGCAACAUUUCACUCUUACCUUCAAACGAAAAGUCAACAUUAGAAGGUUUAUUUUAUUUAACGCCAAAAAUUCUGAAUAUAGUUUAAGCGAAUUUUACUUGGAAGCGUACGAAACUAUUGGCGGGCGUGUAGUACACAGAUUUGAGGAUAUCCCAAAACUCAAAAAGGUAUCGUUUUACAACUGGACAAUCAAAGCCGUCGCAGCUCAGCAAGUCAGGAUUCAUAUUAGGAAACAGCAACUCAUUAUUUGUGAGUUCCAGGUUUUUGGAGACUACGAGUGCGGCGGUCAACGCUACGGCCUUGAGUGCGAGAAAAUGUGCAAGUGCUCGGGUAGAUGUGCACCGUCUACUGGUUCCUGUUUGAACGGAACAGACUAUUCUAAAAAUAGAUUAAGAUGCGGAGACGUCCCUGUGGUCCUAUAUGGCAGCUGGAUGCAAUGCUCGCAUCACGUCAAUAGCGUGUGUAUGCUCGUGUGUGAUAGAGGAUACAGUGUUGAAGGCAACGAGACGAUAACUUGUCAAGGGGAUGCGACUUGGACGGCGCCUGGUGUAUGCACAAUACUAAAAUGCAGCAGUGCAGCGCUGGUGCCACAUGGCAAAUGGAUCUUCUGUAGACACCGCGAAUGCCAGCUGAAAUGCAACAAAGGAUUUACACUAGAAGGGAACACACACAUCACAUGCCAAGAUAACCUUCAGUGGACUGCUCCUGGGAGAUGCAUACAUACAUCCAAUAGUUGUGAUGAACCGUGGUAUGGACCAAAUUGUUAUUAUAAAAAUCUGUUUUACCUGGCGAGCGCAGUCUAUCCGCAGGAUCUUCGUGUAAAUAGUAGCUGUUUCCUCACUGAUGUACUCGAUAUAAAAUUUGAUGCAGAAACUACUUUAUUUCACUCCGGCUGAACUUUUUAA